AUGUCUAAACCGCUAUCAGUGAAAUUUACGGAGGCUUUGCAGCUUGUGGAAAAACUCGACAGUUUGCCAUUGCGGAGAGAUUCUGCUGAAUACAAGGAAGAGCUGAAAAAUGUUCUUGACUCGCUGAAUUCGGUCAAGAAGUCCGUCCAGCAAAUGGCAUUAUUCAGUGUCAAUGAGGACAUUGAUGAGGUGAGCACAGGCCACUUGCGCUACUUGGCAAUCGAUUUCUAUAUUGCACAGGUCCUUGGAAAUACCGUCAUCAAUAGGGCCUCCACCCUUAAGACCUGCAAUAGCUUGUAUUUGCAGUUCCUUUACACCUUGGAAAAUUACGGAAUAUUAGAUAAAGAGCAGCGAUCAAAAUUGGACGCUGUAAAAACAUCAUAUGACCCGCAAAUUGACGAAUUGCGCUCCAAAGAUCCUGUGACGAGAAGACAAAGCAAGAUCGACGAGUUCAAGAUGGAAAAAGAGUUCAAAGAGAAGCUUAAGAUCCUGGAGUCGUCAGAUUUCCAUAAUCUGGACGACGAAGUAGUGAGACAAGUCUACCUUGAUCAGCUCAAGUAUUUUGCUUUGAAGUCGUUCCAGAGCAUUGAAUCGAAUCUGAUGGAAAUUGAGGUUCUGGCCAACAUGCCUGCUCGCCCCAUUGAACCGGUUCAGGAGCCGGAUGAAAGAGAGAGACAGAAGAAAUUCGACGAAACCUACACUGACAAAGUGGAGUCCCUAACUAAUCCAAUACUGUCAAAGGACGGCAAGGUCCUGCGGCCUUUCACGAUUGUGCCAUCCCGUGACCAGCUACAGAAGAAGGUCUUUGGAACGGGCCAGGUUCUACCCACGAUGACCGUGGAAGAGCUUGUGGACCAAGAACUGGCAAAUGGGGGCAUGGUCAAAGAAUCCUUGCCGGAAAAAGAAUUUGACGAGGAUAAUGAAGAGGACGUCGAUAGGCUUACAUACAAGAACCGCGAAUGGGACGAGUUCACUGACAACAACCCCAGAGGAAGCGGAAACACACAGAAUUUGGGCUGA